CGGCAGCCUCGGUGCGUGGGUGGGCUGUGCGCUUGCGCGAGCUGCGGGACGCUAACGGAAACCUGCGGAGCUGCGCUAGCCGGGCGGCCGGACUCAGUGCGGCGGUUGUUUUCCGUGGGACUGGUGGUACAAUAGGAGCUAGCCUGAUGGAAGAAACUUGUCAAUGAUUGUACUUCAUAUUGGAAUAAAGUAGAACCUGGAGUAGAGAUUUUCCCACUUUAAGCAGUUUUGAUGGCAGAAAGAAGAAGGUCCUACAGUGUAGGGGAAGCAAUGGAGGAACUCAUGGGACCUGAUGGACAAAAAUGGGCCAAUAUGGAUCCAGAAGAACAAAUGUUAGCAGCUGCUACAGCUUUUACCCAUAUCUGUGCAGGGCAGGGUGAGGGAGAUGUCAGGAGAGAAGCCCAGUCUGUCCAAUAUGAUCCCUACAGUAAAGCUUCAGUAACCCCAGGAAACCGAUCUGCUCUUCCUGUGCACCUGCAGUACCCAUACGUAGAAAAUAAUGUCACUUCAGAAACAGUCUCAGAGGCCUCCAAAAGACUCCGGAAGCCAGUGAUGAAGAGAAAAGUGCUGCGUAGGAAGCCAGAUGGGGAAGUAUUAGUGACAGAUGAGUCAAUUAUCAGUGAAUCAGAGUCUGGUACAGAAAGUGAUGUGGAUCUCUGGGACUUAAGACAAAGGCUGAUGAAUCUGCAGUUCCAAGAAGACAGGGAAUCCCCAGUUGAUACUUCCCAAAAAUUUAAUCUACCACAUGAAUAUCAUGGAGUGUCUCAGGAUCAGCUCAUUUGCUAUCUACGAAGAGAAGGAAUGGGCCCUCCAGCAUAUGAACAAGACCUGAUUGUUGCCAGCCGACCCAAGUCCUUUAUUCUCCCAAAGCUGGACCAGUUAAGCCGAAACCGGGGCAAGGUAGACCGGGUAGCCCGCUAUUUUGAGUACAAACGAGACUGGGACUCAAUGCGGUUUCCUGGUGAAGAUCAUAGGAAGGAAUUACGCUGGGGUGUCCGAGAGCAGAUGCUUUGUCGAGCAGAACCCCAAUCGAAGCCUCAGCACAUAUAUGUUCCAAACAAUUACCUAGUACCAACUGAGAAGAAAAGAUCUGCCCUCCGUUGGGGUGUUCGUUGUGACCUUGCAAAUGGUGUCAUUCCCAGGAAGCUUCCCUUCCCUCUUUCUCCUUCUUAAGUCUUUUUUUUUUUUUUUAACCUAUCUC